AUGCACACGGCACAAACUUUUCUCCCAGCCCUUGUCCUUGUCCUGUCCCCAUAUCAUGCCGCGAGCAUAAUCAAGAGCAACUCCACCCACCAAUCAGAUGAAGAAACUCGUUUGUUUGUCGUGGCGAACCCGAACCAUGCAGAACGUGAACGCUUCAGUACGUGUGACUCAUAUCCUCGCCAACGGAGCGCCUUGCGCAUCAAAGAAGAAGCAGUUCUCCCAUGUUCCAUGUUCCAUGCAGGUGGCGCGUGA